AUGUCUGUCAUGAGUAGCAUAUGCACUAUACUUUUAGGCAUCUUACUCGCCAGUGUACUUACUUCCCUUUUCCCACAGGGUCUGCUAACUAUUCCUUUCCUCGAAUAUAAGAACAAUAAUCUAUCUAUCUAUCUAUCUAUCUAUCUAUCUACCUAUCUAUCUAUCUAUCUAUCUAUCUAUCUCAUUCUGUUCAGAUCUAUCUAUCUAUCUAUCGCAUUUUGUUCAGAUCUAUCUAUCUAUCUAUCUAUCUAUCUAUCGAUAUUAUGUUCUAUCUAUCUCAUUCUAUCUAUCUCAUUUAUUUUCUUCAGAUCUAUCUAUCUAUCUAUCUAUCUAUCUAUCUAUCUAUCUCAUUCUGUUCAGAUCUAUCUAUCUUUCUCAUUCUGUUCAGAUCUAUCUAUCUAUCUAUCUAUCUAUCUCAUUCUGUUCAGGUCUAUCUAUCUAUCGCAUUUUGUUCAGAUCUAUCUAUCUAUCUAUCUAUCUAUCUAUCUAUCUAUCUAUCUAUCUAUCUCAUUCUGUUCAGAUCUAUCUAUCUAUCUAUCUAUCUAUCUAUCUAUCUAUCUAUCUAUCUAUCUCAGUUUGUUAAUAUAUAUCUAUCUAUGCUUGGCCAUAGUUUUUUGCUGGCACUCACCUUCCAAAGUCACUUCAAGAUGA